UUGCAAUAAUGGCGGAGGGAAAUGGACUACUCUUCAUUCUUCAAGAUAAAUAGCCAUUGCCAUGGCCAUUGGUCUCCUGCAAAAUUAAUAAGAAUCCACCAAUUAAAUUUAAGAGUAGUAUGGCAACGGCCUGGAGAAGAAGCACACUCUGUUUCCGUGAGCGAUGGCCACUGCACCAUCCCCAGUACUACCGCUGCUACUAUCAGCUUCCAGCUGAUCUUGUCAUGCUUUGUUGGCUCAUCAUGAUGGCCUUCUUUCUUGUGGAGGUAGCUGGAGUAGAAGGGAGAGUGAGCAGAGAGGGAUGCUUGCCGAGGGAGAAAGAUGCUCUCUUGCUUUACAAAGCCGCCAUCGAAGAUCCUUCCGCCCGCUUGUCUUCGUGGCAGGAGGCCCAAGGAGACGACUGCUGCGCAUGGACUGGCGUAGUCUGCUACAACAGAACGGGCAGCGUACGAGUGGCCGAGCUCAACCUUCAAAAUCCGAUUGGUGGCCAACGCAAUUGGUGGGAGUACAGUUUGAGGGGUGAGCUGCUGCAUCCUUCAUUAUUGUCUUUGACUCAUUUGCAAAGCUUAAAUCUCAGUUUCAAUGACUUUGAGGCCACCCAAAUUCCACCUCUCGUUGGUUCUCUUCACAAACUCAGCUAUCUUGAUCUUUCUGAGUCCAACUUCAGUGGAAACAUUCCCCUUCAUCUCGGAAACUUAACUGAUCUUCGUUAUCUCGAUCUCAAGUCAUAUUAUUUUCCUAUAGUUAGCCAGAGCCUAGACUGGCUCUCCGGCCUUUCUUCUUUGAUUUAUCUGGACAUGUCCUAUUUGGAUCUCAGCGCUGCCUCCCACAAUUGGAUAUCAUCAGUCAACAUGCUACCUUCCCUACAACAUUUAUAUUUAUUUGAUUGUAAAAUUAAUAAUAUCCCUCUUUCUCUCAGUUUCCAUCUCAACCUCAGUACUUCUCUUGUGGAUCUUAAUCUUGGUUUCAACAACUUCAACUCUUCUUUUCCUAACUGGUUCUGGAAUCUCACCAGCCUCUCGUCUCUUCAACUUUCAGAGUGUGAAAUUGGAGGAAUGUUGCCUAUUGAAAUUGGCAACUUAAUUAGCCUCACACAUUUUGAUCUUUCUCUGAAUUUGCUCUCUGGUCCCCUACCUGAUACGUUAUGGACAUUGAAGCAUCUAAAAUUCCUCGACCUGAACCAUAAUUUACUUGGAAACUCUUUACCAAUGGGGAUUAUGAAUCUAUCAAGCUUAUCAACACUGCACCUUAAUAAUUGUUCACUAAGUGGUCCAAUACCCAGUGAAUUAGGGAAUUUAACUACUUUAAAUAGAUUAUCUCUUAAAUCUAAUUUACUUUCUGGAUUAAUACCACAUGAUAUUGGGAAACUAGUCGACUUAGAGUACCUUGACCUCUCUAUUAAUUCCUUUGAGGGUGAUAUUACUGAGUUUCACCUUUCCAACCUAACCAAACUAAAGGCUUUGCUCUUGUCUGAAAACCCCUUCCUUACCAUAGUAAUAGACCACGAUUGGACCCCUCUCUUUCAAUUAGAGUUAAUUAGCCUCGGUCCCUGUAAGUUAGGUCCCAGAUUUCCUACAUGGCUUCGUUCACAACAGUCUAUCAGCGCUAUUCACUUGUACAAUACAAGUAUCGAGGGCAACUUACCUGAAUGGUUUUGGAACUCUUUUUCCAUCAUUAAAUUUUUAGAUCUCUCUCAUAAUAAAAUUAGCGGAACAUUGCCAAUAUCCCUAGCAAGCUUGACCGAAUUAUAUUAUUUAAAUUUUGGUUCGAAUUUACUAGAAGGCCCAAUUCCUCAUUUGCCACCCAACAUAAUGUUGCUAGAUCUAUCUGAUAAUGCAUUUUCAGGGUCGUUACCACCAACGUUAUUCACACCAAAAUUACAACAUUUGAUUCUCUCACAUAAUCAUAUUAAUGGAAGCAUACCUUCUAAUAUUUGUAAUUUUCAUACAUUUCGACACCUCAACUUAUCAAACAACCAAAUAUUUGGAGAAAUUCCCCGGUGUUGGCAGAAGGGCUCAUUUAUUCGAUAUAUUAAUUUGGGAAACAAUAUGGUCUUUGGAGAAAUUCCAAGUUCUCUUGGCAACUUGAUGAAGCUUGAGUUCCUGCACUUGAAUAACAACAAUUUAAAAGGGCAUCUUCCAUCAUCACUACAAAAUUGCAGUCGGUUAUUGAUUGUUGAUUUCGGUGACAACAAAUUCUCUGGAAAUAUACCUUCGUGGAUUGGGCAAAGUUGGCAGCGGUUGCGUAUUCUCCGAUUGUCCUCAAAUAUGUUCAAUGGCAAUAUUGAUUCACAACUUGGGUAUUUGAGGGAUCUUCAAAUCAUCGACUUUGCAAAUAACAAGUUAUCAGGGGCAAUACCACAUUCUUUUGGAAAUUUCAGCACAAUGAUUUCGUCAUCAGUUGAACUACUUCCUUCCUUUGAUGUACCAAUGGAAAUACUAGAAGUAGUCGAAACUUGUAGCGGAAGUGAAAGCAUUACUUUAGUCACAAAAGGAGACCAACUUACGUUUUCAUCUAUUCUUUAUCUUGUGAAGAGUAUAGAUCUUUCAAACAAUGAAUUGACAUACGAGAUUCCCGAAGAAUUAGGAUAUCUUGUUGGACUCCACACUUUGAAUUUAUCAAGAAACUACUUCAAAGACAAGAUACCAGAUAGCAUCAGCAAAAUGAGUUCAUUGGAAACUUUGGAUCUGUCCUUCAAUAAUUUAUCAGGGGUUAUUCCUCAAGGCUUAUCACAACUAAAUGCUUUGAGCCAUUUGAAUCUGUCUUAUAACAACCUAUCUGGAAACAUUCCUUCUGGGAAUCAACUUCAAACAUUGGAUGAUGUAUCCAUUUAUAUUGGUAAUCCUUAUCUUUGUGGAGACUUAGUAAACAAGAGUUGCUUUCAGGGAAACAACACCAAUGCGACAAGCGAGGAGCAUGCAAUGUUAUCGUUAGUGCUAUCAACCUAUUUCAGUAGCACACUUGGAUAUUUUGUCGGAUUAUGGAGUGUGUUUGUUUUUUUACUAUUUAAGAAAAAAUGGAGGUACUCUUGUUUUAAGAAAGUCGAUGAAAGUUAUGAUAUAGUUCAUGUGACAAUCAAGAUAAGAUUGAAUAGAAUAGUGAACUGUUAGUUUUUUUAAAAUAAAGUUUGUGAUGAAUGUAACAAUAAUUAGUUUUCAUAUUAGAGUUGUGAGCUUUCAUUGUAAGCAUGGAACUUUCAAGAACCAUAUUCUUGUGAUAUUUUGCAACGAAACAAUGCUGUGAUUGUGCUUUUAGUGUAA